CCCCCACUUCGCCCUUUCUUCCUCACUUUCAAAUAUUCUUCCGAGAGUUAAAAUGAGUGGCUGGUUGUUCUUGUUCGCCGUUCUGUACUCGGCUGGUCUGCUUUUCGGGAUGGUCUUCUUUGUGAUCAUGUUUUCGGACCUGGAGAGCGACUAUAUCAAUCCGAUAGACCUCUGCAACAAACUCAACCAGUUUGUAUUGCCCGAAUAUGGUGCACAUGCCUUCCUAUCCCUCUUGUUCCUGCUCUUCGGCCAAUGGACCGCGUUUAUCUGGAAUCUCCCCCUGAUUGCAUACAAUGCCAAUAAGGUUAUCAAGAAAAACCAUAUGUACGAUGCUACAGAAAUCUUCCGAACGCUAUCUUCGCACCAGAAGGAGACCUACUUCAAGCUUGCUUUCUAUUUGCUUUCGUUCUUUUACUACCUCUACAGGAUGAUUGUCGCCCUCGUCGCCGAAAAUCCAUGAUUAUCCCUCCUCGCGAGAUGACGACACCGUUCCUACCCGGCACCGCGUCAGCGUCCCUUAUACGUGUUCUGUUGCGCAAUCCGCGUACAACCAUUCACAAUGACUCUGUAUACGAACUUUCGAGAUUGCGACUGACUACCACCACAUUAACGACACUUUGAUCCAGCUUGAGUAUAUGAUGUAGGGUUAAAUGCAGACAGGGGGGACGGAGCU